AAUUGAUUUCCCGAGGCAAAAUAAGAGGCCCGAAAUAGCGCCAAUAGUACCGCGUUCCAGUCGUGCGACCGACGUUACCACGUGGCGCAUCGAAUCGUUACACCAAAGUCUUAAUCUCCUAUAGUUUUCGGCGCUCCAAAAACAUUACGUGUGUCUUCUGUGAGGAGAGAAAAGAAAAUUUUAUUCACUAAUAUUCCGUACGGUCACCGGUGAUAUUAAUACGCGACACGACAAAGAGUAAAAGGCGUAACUUCAAGAAGAAAUUAACAUUAGUUAACCAGACCAGAUGAGGCAAGAUGAAAAAGCACUAACUUGUUGAGUAAAUUAAAAUGAAUGCUGUACCGAAGAAAAUACAUUGUGCUAAUUAUAAUCUGAGCGUUAAACCGUACAUCCACAGUUUUGCGACAAUUCUUCCAUGAAUAUAUAGAUGUGCGAAAAAUUUUGUGAAGAUCUGUGAAGUCUUGUCUCUUCACUGGAGAAGAUAUAUCGUUGGCAAAUGUCCGGAUUUCAGACGUAUCCUAUCGACCGGAUUUUAUCCAUGCAUCACAUUCCAGCCGACGCGCGGCGAGAACGUCGUCUGAACGACGACGGCGUGAUCGCGGGUGCCGCAACUCCCGAUUAUCGACCACGGAUGCAGGCCCGCCAUGGUCAAGGCGCAGUCGCGGCCCAGGCGCGGUCGCCGCGAUCAAAGCUGUCGGACUUCUUCCAUGUCUGGGUCAACAACAUCCGACUGUUCUACUCCUGGGGCAACUUAGAUAGCCUGACACCGCAACUGCCCAGCACGAUGGGUAAUCUGCAGAGCGACGGCAAGAAGAAGCAAAAGAAGAAGGAGGCCCCCCCGGUACCGACGUCCACGUCCACGUCCGCGGACGUCGAGCCCGAGGCAACCGAGGACCAGAGGAAGGACAAGCGAGACCAACCGCCCAGAGUUCCGGAGAGGCGUGACGAGCCUCGCGAGCCGGUCAAGAUCAGCUUCGAGAAGGUGCACACACCGGGACAUGGCAAGAGACAGGCACCGCCGCCGCCGCCGAUGGUGGUGUUACCCAAGGACACGCAGGAAAGUGUAGAGCCUGAAUGUCGCAAGGAUACCGCAAUAACAGUGAAACCAUGCGUGACCACGACGGAGUCUUUCCGCUCGAGUACCACGACAACGACGACGACACCGGCCCAGACCCCGACGACACCGCAGACGACCCAGCUGCCGCCACUGCUGGUGACCGAUUCGUGGCGUUUGGCGAACAAGGGUCUGGUCGUUACGGAAAUGCCGACGCCGCCCAGCCAGGAAUCCUCGAGCGACAGUGUCUUCACCGAUCCCGGAGAGCUCACCUUGAGUCCGGUCACGGCAACCACGCGGGCGGAAGCGGUGAAACGUAAGCCGAUCCCGGGGACGCCCGACAGCAAGGAGGAGAAGGCUCCGUUUACUAUCUCGAAGCACAAGAAGAUCCAUCUCUCGGUGAUGAGUCCCCGAAUAUGCAUAACGUCAAGCGAGAAGAAUGCGAUAUCGGAACCGAGCCCGAGCACUCUGCAGCGACGACACAGUGUUUAUGAAUCUCCGACGAUCGAAGGCAGAGUUCUGAGAAGAGUAGCCAGCUUGACCCUCGAUCGAAAUAGCGCCAAGAAGAAAAGAAGUUCUAGGAACAUCACCUGCCAGAAGACGGAUCAUCGCAAGCAAUCCGAAGAACAAAAACUGCCAAUCUCUCUGACAUCCGCGCUAUCAGAUAAAACCGCGAAGAACAACUUUACGUCCCUGAUAGAUCGGACAGGCACCUGCGCAGAUGAGCUUUAUUCAACUCGAACUGAAUCGAGCCAAAUCUGCCGUGAGCACUCCAUGCUUAAGGAUACUUAUUCGUAUGAAGAAGUGAAGAAGCUGGAAGAUGAGAUCAAACGGCUGCGCGAGAUAUCUGCAGACCGGCAGAUAAGCAUCAGAGACCAGCCCACUCAGUCUACUCAGUCCACUCAGACAUCACCGAGAAGCUUAUCACCGGUUGAUGGAAACGUCAGUGAAACGAGCAACUUGGAUUUCGAUCAAGUCAAGAUGACUCUCGUGCUUUCCUCCACGUUGGCCGACAAGGUCGAUCGGUCGUGCUUAUCACAUAGCAGUCAAACAAACGCGCCUAGCGAAGAUUUGGCGCCGUAUCCGACACCGCUACCACCUCCAUUACCGCCGGAGGCAUUCGCGAAAAGCAGAUCUACAGCUUCCUCGGUAUCGUCUUUUAUCCCACCACCACCGCCGCCGCCGUCUCCGUACACGCUUGUCACCGAAUCGGUGCGCGACGGCGAAAGGACAGUUCCGUCGUCGUCGUCGACAAAAUUGACGGACGUUUCUAGGAUACCGACACCACCGCUGCCACCUCCCCCAAUGCCAAUGCAAAGUACAUUAUUAUCUCCGCCGCCCGCUCCGUCUCCACCACCAUCUACGCCGACCACUACGAAUACGAUACCCAUUCCUCCACCUCCACCUGUGCAAGCGAUCAUAAGUGCGAUACCUCCGCCAUCUCCCCUGCAAAACAUGAUACCUCCUCCCCCACCUCCUCCCCCACCUCCGCCCCCCGUUUCGUUUAAAGUGAGCAUUGAGAGUGGCGUACCUCCUCCUCCUCCUCCUCCACCGCCACCACUACCUAUGCAUCUUCAAAGUGCGACGUGUGAGAUGUCUUCGUCUAUGAAAAUUACCAUACCUCCUCCGCCACCACCACCGUCCACGCCGAUGUUGAACGCGUGCGGGAUACCACCACCGCCGCCUCCUCUGCCUACGUCGCUCGUGGCUGAUGCUACUAGCUCGAUACCUCCUCCGCCGCCCCCGCUACCUGGGAUGGCGCAGGGUCCUAUGACUGGUCCACCACCGCCGCCACCGCCGCCAGGUAUGCAGGGUGGCAUACCUCCGCCACCUCCGCCUCCCAUCGGAGGUUCAGGUGCAGGUCCUCCGCCACCGCCUAUGGCCCCACCGCCACCCCCGGGGACAAUGGGACCAUGUCCUCUACCCGCUCCACCGGUCGGGGGAUGGAACCCGCCCAGUAGAGCCAUUAUGAGAAAGCAAGCUUUAAAUCCUGACGUGCCUAUGAAGCCACUUUACUGGACGAGAAUUUUGGUGCCUGUUACUGCGGCCAGUCAAACUUCAGUAGAUACUUCAGACUUGUCACCCCAGGUGCCUCUGUGGUUGGAACUCGCGGAGGAGGAAAAUUUAAACAUGAAAGAGUUCGCUGAUUUAUUUUCGCGGCAGGUGAGAGAGAGGAAUCCGACCAAGAAAAAUGAAGGGACGCUCAAAAGUUCUAAGAUCCAACCGGCGAAGAUAUUAGACUCGAAGCGUUCAAAGAUGGUGGGGAUUCUCGAGAAGAGCCUGCACAUUGAUUUUAGCGAGAUCGAGAACGCGGCCUAUAAUUUAGACACGAGCGUUAUCAGUUUAGAAGCGUUGCAACAGAUCUACGAUAUUAAACCGACGCAAAAGGAAAUAGAAGAAAUUGCAGCUCACGAAGCAACUUUUCCGGACAUUCCUCUCGAUCAACCGGAAUUAUUUCUCAAACGAUUAUCCGGAAUAAAACACUUCUCCGACAGAAUAGCCUGUUUAAUGCUGCAAUCGGAAUUUCAAGACGCGAUAUCGUCGGUCUCAUAUAAGUUGAACAACGUGCGAACUACCUGCGACUUUCUGCUCAAUUCUGAACCUUUGAAGAAAGUAAUGGCCAUCAUACUCACCUUGGGCAAUUACAUGAACGGCGGAAAUAUGUUGCGCGGCCAGGCCGACGGUUUCGGCCUGGAGAUUCUCGGCAAAUUGAAAGACGUGAAGUCCAACGUACCUGGUGUCACCUUGUUGCACUACGUCGUUAAUGUCAAAUUGUCCCAAGAAAAAGAUCAUAACUUCGAAGAGCCGUUGCCUUUACCUGUGCCUGAACCGGCUGACGUAGAAGCCGCAUCCACGAUCAAGUUCGACGACAUCUCCAAAGAACUGGACAGACUGGAUAAAGAAUUACAGGCAUGUGCACAAAUGUGUAAUACAAUCGUGGAAACGGAUCCAUCUACGUCUAAAAUAUUCAAAAAGAAAGUAGACUCAUUUCUGAAGAGGGCGAAUACCGAGUUGGCGAGCGAAAAGGAAGAUCUACUGGAGGCUAAAAACAAAUUCAAAGCUGUGAUGAAAUUCUAUCAGUUUAUUCCCAAAGGAUCCACUCUAGAGACUGCAGAACCUUAUGAUUUUUUCAAUCUAUGGCUCGGUUUCUGUCGGGACUUUAAGGAUAUCUGGAAGAGAGAGCAGCAACGAAUACGAAAGGAACGAAUGGAGGAAGCUCGCAAAAAGUUCGAGAGCAAAUCUAAUGUCGUGAGAGUAAAAUUAAAUCCGCAUGGAUUGAAAGCGAAACUACAAAAACUUACGCAUAAGAAACAUACUCAAAGAUAGUCUCAUCGAAAUGUCCAUAAAUUGUUUAAAAAUUUAGGUCAGUUUAACGUACAGUUUAUACGUACAAUCAUAUUCACUAAAUUUUGAAUUCCAUAAAUAAUUCCCUUUAAUACUCUGGCAUCCAACGGGAAUUUAAUUGUAUGUAUUAAUUUAUCUAAUUCAUACUCAUAUAUUACUUUCGACUUGAAUCGAAAAUGAUGAUAUCGUGAACUACGAAUUUUGUAUAACUUCAAACUGGAAAUUAGGCUGUUUCGCGCAAACUGGUACAUUCGUUAUUAUACAGAAGCUCCGAAAAAUCCAUUGAUCUGCUUACGAAACUUUAAUACUAACUUUGUAUUUCAAAGUCAUGCAACACGAGAAAUCGCUUUUCAGAUACAAAUCUCGAAUUGCUAAAAAAUAAUGGGAGUUUUCAAAUAUACAAUUCCAUUUAAUUAUUAUACAGGAAUAUUGAGAACACUCGAAAUUAACGCAACGAAAUGCGAAACGGUUUUGAUCCAAAUAUGAUAUACGGAUUGCCGAUCGCGAAACGUCCUUAAGCAACCAAUUGAUAAGAUUCUAUGCUAUACGAUUAUAGUUGUUACAGACUGAAACGUUAACAGUGCACUAAAACGAUAAUGUAUACUUAAGUAUAAGUAAACACGUUCGCAAAAUUUAUUAAUUAUUAAUACCAUAUUAAAAAAAAAUAUUGUUAGUUCAGCGACAUUUUUACGAGUGUUACUUAUGAACAUAUUUCAAUCUCUAUAUUGCUCUGAGCGAUUCUGCAAAGCGCAUUCGGAGAAUGCGGAAAAUAAUGUUCAGUAAAAGAAGGCCAUAAACAAGGUCUGUUCUUUUUAGCUGCACUUUCUUACAUUGUUUGCAUUUGACACAAAAUAAAUGACGCAAAGUUCUAAAGAAAACUGUAGGAAGCUGCAAAAAAGGAAGCUAAAGAGGAUAUACCUAUAUUAUAAACGUCCAUGAUGAUUCUAGAAGAGAGAAACUUUUUAAGACUCUUUAUAAUAUAUAUAUUUAUUUCGCCAAUUUUUGUUACUCUGCGAAUAAUUUAAAAAAAUAUAUCAAUCGUGAUAAUUAUUGUUAAUUCUCAUUAGCUAUUUAUUUAUUUAUUUAUUUAUUUGUUUGAUUGUGUUAAUUUAUACUAGAUUGUCAUGGAUCAAUAAAUAAG